UUUAAGAGCAGGCUCCGCCGCGGGUCCUCCUGUACGCACGCGCGGGCGGGCAGCCUUUGGAUCCUCUGGUGUUCGGGAGGCCGGCGGCGGCGGCGAGGAGCGCUGGGUGCGGGAGCAAUGGGGCUCGGAUCGAACUCCUCCGUGCGGGUUGAAUGGAUUGCUACAAUCUCAUUAGCUGCGGGAGCGGCUGCUGUUGGAUAUCUAGCAUACAGAAGAUGGCUUUCUAAAGACAAAUGCUGCAAAACACUGGUAAAUCUCCAUAUCCAGAAAGAUAACCCCAAGGUAGUCCAUGCAUUUGAUAUGGAAGAUCUGGGCGACAAAGCUGUGUACUGUCGUUGCUGGAGAUCAAAGAAGUUUCCAUUGUGUGAUGGGUCUCACACGAAGCACAAUGAUGAAACUGGGGACAAUGUUGGGCCUCUGAUCAUCAAGAGAAAGGAAGCAUAAACUUGAUUGCUUGAGGCCACUAUUCGUCACAUAUGCUUAUUAGUAAUUGGAGUAAACAAGUUCUGUCUUAGUCACUUCACUGAAGAUCUUUGGGUGUGGUAUAAAGCAGGCUCCAGCAUGUGUAUUUCAUGGUGCUUGUCUUGUUUUAAACACUACAUAUGUAAGUUAAAUAUUUGUGGCUUAAGGCUAUUUUUGUUUCAACUGUAUGUACACUUUCAUUAAGUAUGAAAUUAAAGUGACAAUUAGAAUGUACUCAACUGUAUGAAGAUAAUAUAUUAAACUAUUUUCAGAUA